AUGCCGGGCCCAUCUCGCAGUCGAGACCGUCAUGGCGGGUCGCGCGAUCGCGCACGCGAGCGGGAGCGGAGAAGAGAGCGCGAUCGCGAACGCGACUAUAUCGCAGGCCGAUACGCGGACGAAGGCGCAUCUAGUCCCGAAGCUUCGCGUGGGAAAUACAAGUUCCGCGGGGACGCAUAUGAUUCCGGUACGCCUGAAAGCGACUACGAAGAUGAACGGCGGCGCGAACACCGAGAACGACGAAGACGACGCGACGAAGAGCGAGCUUAUAAUGAGGCUGUUGAGGAGAGAAGGAGAGAGAGGGCUUAUAAUGAUGCUGUGGAGGAGAGGAGGAGGGAUCGGUCGAAGGCGAAAGAGUCGCCUGCUACCUCGCCGGUGAAGAAGAGGGAUCGGGAGAGGGAUCGGGAUGGGAGGAGGAGAGAUGAGGAGGGGACGAGAGAGUUGGAGGCUGCUGCUGCUCUUCCGGCGGCGCGCAAGCAUAAGAGUACCGAGUCGACGAGCAGUGCGUCUCAUCUUCUAAGUGCGAAUGCACUGGCUAAGCUGGCUUCUGGGCAAGAUCUUGAUGAACGUCCGGAGCGAUCUCGAGGUGUGGAUCGUGAACGUGAACGUGAACGGUCUCGAGACCAUGAUGAAGAGCGCAGAGAGCGUCGUCGGCGGAAGAAGGCUGCAUUAGCAGCUGCUACCGGCGAGCUUGGUGAAGAGCUCGCCGAGGGAAGGUCGAGGCGCAAAUCUGGUGCGCGAGUCGCGUCGGGUUCCUACCUGGAAGAAGGUCGCAGUCCGGAAAUGAAAAUGCGGCGUCGUGGAGGUGGUGGACCUGCCAUGGACGAGUGGAAAGAGGAAGACAGCUGGGAGGGCAGCUAUGAGAGUGGCGCGAGACGGCCAUUCUGGAAGUUCUGGGCAAACUGGUCCAGGAAGAAGCGCAUUGUUAUUGGAAGUAUAGUAGCAGUGGUGGCUCUGCUUGCGGUUGUUAUCCCAGUUGCUAUUAUCGGAGCAAAAAACAAGAGCGGCGGAGAGGACUCAGGCUCGUCUGAUUCAUCUUCAACCUCGCCUGGUAAUUCGAACCUCGAUGGCAUGAGUGAAAAGGAUAUCCCGGCUUAUGCACGGGGCACUUACCUGGAUCCAUUUACAUGGUAUGAUACCGACGGGUUCAAUGUCACCUUUACCAACGAAACCGUCGGUGGCCUGUCUAUCAUGGGCCUGAACUCAACCUGGUCCGACACUGCCAGGCCGAACGACAACGUGCCCCCUUUGAACGAGAAGUUCCCUUAUGGCUCACAGCCAAUUCGUGGAGUGAAUCUGGGUGGGUGGUUGUCAAUUGAACCUUUCAUUACACCGUCCUUGUUUGAUUCGUACUCAUCUGAGGAUGGCAUCAUCGAUGAGUGGACAUUGACCACGAAAUUGGGGUCCGCCAAGACGACUACCAUUGAAAAGCACUAUGCCACCUUCAUCACUGAAUCAGACUUUGCCGAAAUCAAGGAGGCCGGACUCGAUCAUGUCCGCAUCCAGUAUUCAUACUGGGCUGUCAAGACGUACGACGGUGACCCGUACGUCGCCAAGCAAUCCUGGCGAUACCUCCUCCGUGCAAUCGAGUACUGUCGGAAAUACGGGCUUCGGGUCAACCUCGACCUUCACGGCAUUCCAGGUAGCCAGAACGGGUGGAACCACAGUGGCCGCCAAGGCAAGAUUGGGUGGAUGAACGGAACAGACGGCGACCUGAACAGGCAAAGAUCUCUCGAGAUUCAUGACCAACUGUCCACAUUCUUCGCUCAAGACCGAUACAAAAACGUCGUGGCAAUUUACGGUCUGGUGAACGAGCCACUCAUGCUCUCCCUGUCCACAGAGGCAGUUCUCAACUGGACACAAGAAGCCACAGAUCUUGUGCGUAACAAUGGAGUCAACGCCACGAUCGUCUUUCACGACGGAUUCCUCAAUCUCGACAAGUGGGAUACUAUGUUUAAAACCCACCCCGACAACAUGUACCUUGAUACCCACCAGUACACAACCUUCAACACAGGUGAAAUCGUCCUCAACCACACUGCCAAGAUCGACAUCAUCUGCAACAGCUGGAAGCCCAUGAUAAAAGCCAUUAACAUCACUAGCACAGGCUGGGGCCCGACAAUUUGCGGCGAGUGGUCCCAAGCCGACACCGACUGUGCCCAAUACGUUAAUAACGUUAACCGCGGCACGCGCUGGGAGGGAACCUAUGAUACCAGUUCCUCAACAGCCUACUGUCCCACAGCUGACGAUGGAACCUGCAUCUGCUCAGAUGCAAACGCCGACGUAUCUGAGUACUCGGACGCGUACAAGAAGUGGCUGCAGACCUACGCCGAGGCGCAAAUGGCUGCAUUUGAGGCGGCACAGGGCUGGUUCUACUGGACCUGGCAAACGGAGUCUGCAGCGCAGUGGAGUUACCGCACUGCAUGGAAGAAUGGAUUCAUGCCCAGCAAAGCCUAUUCGCCAUCCUUUACAUGCGGCGAUACAGUUCCCGAUUUCUCCGCACUCGGACUAGAGGAGUAUUAUUGA